AUGAGUGAUCCCCUGGCCGCCACUUUCUCGGCCCUCACAACUCGCAAUGGACCCACUGAGGCCGCAACAUCAUCUCAAAUUGCGAGCAGUCCCUCCUUGGCCACACAAUGGAACCAUCUGCUGCGAGGUACCACCACUUCGCCCAAAGAGGCGCUCAAGCUGCGUGCGGUAGAAGGCAAGAUAGCCCAAGACCAGAGCGCGUCGCUUCGCUGGAUCCAAUGGAAGUCCUUCCUCGCCGAGCACAUCUCCAGCAUCCCUUCGUCAUGGUCCGCCACCUUGAACCAGGAAAGAGAUGCAUACAACGAGCUGCGUUGCCGCCUGUUGCGCGCACCGGACGGCAACUAUCCACCCGAGGUGGGCUUCGACGGCACACACACAACCCUCGACUCGGCCAGCGCUUCUUCCUCUUCGCGGCAGCAUCCUGGCGCAGCCUCAAUCAGACGGACCGUCGUCCAUGAUCUUUCGGUCAACAAUCCGCUCAGUCUCGACGAUUCCAACCCAUGGACAGCUUACUACACCACCUUCGAAACGAGGAGAAUCAUCUUGCAAGAUGUAGAAAGAACCUUUCCCGAACUCGACCUCUUCCGUCAGACGCAUGUUCAGCAGUCUUUGACCAACAUUCUCUUUCUCUGGACUCUCGAAAACGAAGACGUUGGCUACAGACAGGGUAUGCACGAGCUCGCCGCUGCUCUGUGGAAGGUCAGAAGCGAUGGUGCCGUCGAUGCGCGCGGCUUGUCCGGCAGCCGCUCGUCCGCAUCGGCGCAGAACUCGGUGGAAGCGCCGUUUCAGCUGGCUUUGGCCGACGUCUUCAUCGAGCACGACGUCAACGCGCUCUUCCGCUCCCUGAUGCAAAGCGCAAAGAGCUGGUUCGUGUGGCGCGACUCUCCGAGCGCGCCAAUCGCACCUGCAGCUUCGACUUCACCACCCUCCGCGUCCCUCCGACAGUCGCCGACGCAGCGAAGAUCAGCAGAGGCCGCUCGUCCUCCGCUGCCGAUUGUCGCCAAAUGCGAGCACAUCCUCGACCUUUUGCGGCACAUUGAUCCUGCCCUAGCGCAGCAUCUCCAGAGUCUCGGCAUCGAGCCUCAGAUCUUCUGCCUCCGAUGGAUCCGCAUGAUCUUCACACGCGAAUUUGCGCUCGACGAUGCAUUUGCCAUUUGGGACGGCCUCUUUGCGACUGGACUGGACCUCAUCGACUAUGUCUGCCUCGCAAUGCUGCUUCGUAUUCGAAAUCAGCUGCUUGCCGGCGACCAUACCUCGGCCUUACAGAGCUUGCUACGAUACCCUGCAGAAGCACAGGCGCAGCCCAGCCUUUUGGUCAGACAAGCUAUCUUCAUGCGUGACAGUGCGCUUCAGCCGAGCACGGGAGUAGCGGUGGUGAUGCAGAACAGAGACUUGCUGGGCAUCGCUGUACAAGCUGUCGACAGCCAAAUCCAAGGCCAAGAUGCUACCCGGCAAGCACCUGCAUCACCUACACAGCGUUUCAACGCUCAAAAGUUUGCCACGGUCGGGAGGUCGCCGUCCGGUCCAGCGACACGAGCUUCUCCUUGGGCUCGAAUGCAGGAUGGCAACUCUUCUCCGCAGAAUGGCAGGCAACCUGCUGCCAGACGCUGGCAAGCUUCCGGUGCCACAGCGGACCCUCUUGGAGCAUCGCAAGGCUCCACCUCCCUUGACGCCAACGGUCAGCGAGCCUUUGGCAUCAACCCGACUGCGUACCUGCCCGAAGGCAUCAGCGACAUGGCCAAAGGCUGGUAUGAGCGAUCCGAGCUGCCGCAAAGCCUCAACAGCGCCCUUGCCAAUGUCCAGAGAACCGUUGCUGCCGCAGCCAAUGCCUACGGGUCCGCCAAGGUCGAAAAGUCAGGCUUCCCGUCUGGCUUCGAGCAAGCCUUCUCGAGUCAGACUGGACUGCGGGCUGCUUCUUCGUCCAACCUCGACCGCGCGUCGCCAGCGCCGUCACCAAGGCCAGCAGAGCAACAGCUACCCAUCGUGGAGCCGCAAGAGCCCGCAUCCCCACCAUCUCAACGUCACAGCGCGAAUCUUGUUCAAGGUGUCUCCAAGACGACCACAGCCAACAAGGCGAUCGGCUCAGCCCUGACAGCCUGCAUCGAAGUCCUGGAGCAGAGCUGGCUCGAUCGAAGCAGGAUCAGCGGCAAACAGAGUCAGGAAGAUCUCGAUCAGAGCGAUUUGAACACGCUGAUGAGUUUCACCGCUCUCAAGCACAUCCGCGAUGUUCUCGAGGGCACAGCUACCGAGUUUGACCCAGCGACGCUGCCGGCACCGAUCGUGAAGCCAACAGCUCCGUCAUCAGAAGUCGCAAAAGUCGAACAAGUACCGCAGCAGAGCAGCAUCCAACAGCCUCCGUCGUACAAGCCAGACGCUAUCAGGGAUGUGCCUCCAAAGAAUGGCCCAUCGCUACCCAUGUCGCUCCCCGAAUACGCCCGCUACGGUCGCCAGAUGAUCCUUCCCGACUUCGGUCUUCCCGGCCAACUGCGUCUGCGCGCUUCCAAAGUCCUCGUCGUCGGCGCGGGCGGUCUCGGCUGUCCCGCCAUCCAAUACCUCGCCGCCGCUGGCGUCGGUCAGAUCUCGAUCUUGGACCACGACGUAGUCGAACCGUCCAACCUGGCACGUCAGAUCCUGCACAGCGACGCUACCGUUGGGCAACCCAAAGCGAAUUCCGCCGCCGACGCUGCCCGGCGCAUCAAUCCGUACAUCACCGCCAUCCCGCUCGUUGAGGCCAUCAGCGCGCACAACGCCCGCCAGCACAUGCGCGGUCAGGACCUCGUGCUCGACUGCACAGACAACCCGUUGACGCGCUACCUCAUUUCGGACGCUGCGGUGCUCGAGGGUGUGCAAGUCGUCUCCGGUGCGGCGCAGGGGUACGAUGGCCAGCUGGUGGUGCUUCACAAACGGAUCAAGGCGGAAUUUGCAGCGCCCAAGGCGCGGGGGGAUGGAGAGGCACGAGGACCAUGCUACCGAUGUCUGUUCCCGCAAGCGCCUCGACCGGAUGAGGUGACGAACUGUGAAGACGGAGGCGUUCUCGGUGGCGUCACUGGGCUGGUGGGGACCAUGCAGGCGUUGGAAGCGGUCAAGAUCCUAGCUAGGAUAGGGGAGGAUACCCCGCCGAUGCUGACACUGCUCAGCCCGCUGACGGGGAUGCCCUUUCGGUGUGUCAAGAUCCGUCCUCGUCGUGUCGCUUCUUGUCGCGCCUGCGGAGACCCCGCCCAAGUCGCCGAGCCCAUGAUUCGGGACUUGGAAAGCGAAGACUACGUGUCGUUCUGCGGCCUCACUCCCACCCCUGCGGAGAAGGAGGGUCCACGAACACAGGCCGCCGCCAUGCAACCCGCGCUGAUCGUAGAUGUGAGGCCAGAGAUCGAGUUCGGCAUCGCCAAGCUCGACGGCUCGAUCAAUGUGCCGAUACAAACGCUGCUGCGCAACCCGGCACAGGCGUGGAAGAGGAUUCACGAGGCGCAACCGGCGGCGGGGGUAAAAGAGGUGCUGGUGGUGUGCAAGAAGGGCAAUGACUCGAGGGUCGCUGUUCGUGAGCUGCUGCGGGUUAAGGCGGAGGGUGAGGCUGCGCCGGUGGACCCAUUGCAGGAGGCGAAGGGGGCAAGGGGAGAGGUGAGGCCGGUGAAAAUAUCUGAUCUGGUUGGCGGUCUGCGUGCAUACAGUCGGGAGAGGGAUCCUGGCUUUCCGGUGUACUAG